GGCCAGCUGAUGACUAAUCAAUGGCCAUGGCGCCAGAUAUAAACAAUGAAUCGUAGCCCAUGGUUCUCAGUCCAACUUGGCCUUGCAAAGCUCACUGGCCAUACCGUCCAGCGCCGUGUCGUCGUCCACGAGGCCCCUUCGAUAAAUCGCCAGUCACUCACAUCCGACAUCAGCACCGCGUCUCCGCCUUUGCCACAUACCAUACCAUGACUUGUCACCACCACACCACGGGCUACAUGACGCGCACGAACUGCUACAAUCAGCCGUGCUGCAAUCCGCGAGCAGCAGGGGGGAAGUCUGCGCCUGCGCCUCCGCACUCGAAGUCUGCAUCGGCGCCUCAACGAGACUCUAGCCAUGGCCAUGGCGCAGCCCCACGCACGCCACAAAUGCACACCCGCCAGCAAUAUCAAGUGUGCCCCCGACUGCUCCCAAAGGACGCUCGAGCACUGAGUGCUGAAGAGCUCGCGUCCGUAAAUGCGCUCAUUGCGUUGUCCAAGUUGCGUCGCUCGUGACGAGUCUUGUGGGAGCACGGAAGCCUCGUGAGGUCCUCGGAAGGGUUGGGUCUGUAGAAACAGCAGUUCUGAGUGCUAGAAGGAGCCUUCUACUAUGCCUCUGAGGGUCGGAAUAUCAUCCAUGCUGCCCA